CGUUUCCUUGAGUUCAGCAAAAGUUGUGGCUGGUAUAUUAACGGUAAUUGCAAAUGAAGACACGAAGGAAGACAAUCAACAGUGGCGAAAUAUAACACACAUCUAUUCUCAGCGCUAUUUUAGGUUCCCGGCAUAUAAUUUGGCAGUAUUGGAGAUGAAUAUAUCAUGGCUGUUCAAUACAGUCGUAAAUAAAAUACCUUUGGCUUCAUUAGAUCAAGAUUAUGAUGGUAUUUGUACAGCUACUGUUAUUAGAACUACUACAGCUUGGGCUGUCAGUAAAAGUUUGUUUGCAGAAAGGAUGCGUGUGAUCAAGCGCAGCCAAUGUGAAAUAAUGGUUCAAAGAACUGUCAAGCAAUAUUUUUGCACAGAUUAUGACAAAUCUAGUGCUUUGUCUACAGCAGAAACGGAAGGUGGAGGCCUCGUAUGUUACGGAACCGAAGACCCUGAAGAGGACGUAAACGACGGUAUCCUCGUGGGAGUGACGUCUUUAGUAAGCAUUAAUUUACCGAGUUUACAUAACAGAAUAGGACUAUUCCGUCAAUGGGUCAUCGACAAUUCGAACAGUUUAGUCUCAUCACAUUAUUUUUUGUUCACGAGCUUUAUGUUUUGGUUCCUAUAGUAAAUUUUAGC